CAUCCAUACUAGCACCCGCCAGAGCCUAAUUAUCCUCACUUUUCGUACCAUUCAGGAAAAUGAGGUACAAAACCAAUCCCUCUCCCAAGUCUGCAUAAUUUUGGAUCUAUUACCUGAGGACCUGAAGUGAAUAACUAAAUGAGCCUUCCUCAGAAACCCAACUGCAAUUCAGCUGUAAGGAAAAGCAGAAAGACUUCAUCUACACAGGCUCAGCACUUCUACUCCCUCCCAGAAGAGUAUCAAAGCUGAAGCAGAAGCAACAAGCAUGAACGUGAACGGCAUGGCUAUAGUCUUGGCUCUGAUAUUCUGUGCUACAGCUGUUCAAGGUUUCCCAAUGUUCAAAGGAGGACGUUGUCUUUGCAUAGGCCCUGGAGUAAAGGCAGUGAAAGUGGCAAAUAUUGAGAAAGUCUCUGUAAUGUUCCCAAGUAACUACUGUAAUAAAACAGAAGUGAUUAUCACCCUGAAAGCACAAAAAAAACAGAGAUGCCUAAAUCCCCAAUCGAAGCAAGCGAUUAUUAUCAUAAAGAAAGCUGAAGAGAUGAAUUCUUUAAAACAUCUGAAGUCCUAGACCCUGGCUGGUGUCGCUCAGUGGAUUGAGCACUGGCCUGCAAACCAAAGGGUCACUGGUUCAAUUCCCAGUCAGAGCACAUGCCUAGGUCCCUGGAUGGGGGUGCAUGAGAGGCAACCACACAAAGAAAAAAAACAAAAAAAAACCACCAAAAGCCAUCUGAAGUCCUGGAUGAAAAGGAUAUAAAAAUUCAGAACAAGUUUAACUGUUAUGAUUAAUUGAUAAAAAUUCUGUAAUAUUAGGGAAAUGACUUUCUGUUGUCUAUUGCAAUGUAUGUUCAUGCAUUUUUAGGUUAGGAAAAUUUGUGGAAGAUUUGAUAUUUAUAAGUAUUCUGCUGUGACAAUGAAAACAUUUCUCAGUUAUCUGUUUGUGCUUGAUCUAUAUUGUACAUUGAAACCUGCAGUUAUAAUAGAGACACUAACAUUAUUCUAAAGUCAAUAUCUUAUGAGUCAAAAGCAUCCAUGUAUAUAAUGAACAUUACCCCCAAUUUUUUAAUGGGAAUCUUAUAGCACAUAUACAUCCAGGAAAAAAGUUCUUAUAUGUCAUCUUGUUUUAUAAAAAGGCUGUAAUUCAUGAAAUGAACUAUGAAAAAAUUAUAAGCUAAGGGAAACUUGUCAGAAUGCAAAUACUUCAUAACUGAAUUAGCAGCUCUGGUCUCAAUUUGAUUUUAACAACUUUGUUUCUCAUUGAGGUGUUUUGAAGCAAUUUGGAUGUGUGUGUUUACUAUGCAUUUUGGUUUCAUCUAUUCUUAUAAAUUAUAGCAAUAUUUUGGACACAUUUUCAAUAUAAAAUGUUUCUGUCUACCAAAGAAUAUGCUGAAAAAGAAAUAUAUGUACAUA